AUGACGCUGAAGUAUCUUUCAUCCGAGAAGGACGCGCUCCUGCCAGUCGCCGCCGUGCCACCAGCCUCAGAGGCAGACGAGCGUGCCAACGCCAAAUUCGAAUCGUCGCUCUUCUACCUCUGCGUCGCAACGCUACUCUUGCUCUUCGGCUCUCUCUACUACAGAAACUCGCUCCCACCGUCGAGUCCGUUCGCAUCCACGUUGCAGCAGCUGAAUGCAGGCAUGCUGUCUUCGCUCUGGGCAGCGCUCCCUGCACCCGCGCUGCUCUUCGUCUCGGCCAAGUUUUUCGUCGAGCCGUCCAAAGUCACCAUGGUCCGGUACUGGAUAUACCUGCUCUACAUUGUGGGUGUAGCGGUCGGCGCAUUGCCAACAAUGGCCCUCGCCCGCCCCAGUCCCCGCUGGCUUACCCGCUCGCGAGCUUUCACCGCCCAGGUGCGAAGUUAUUCGGCGCCCGGCGAUGGCACCAUUCCGGCCUCCAAGAAGAAGUACAUACCUACCUCCGGCACCUACCCGCUAGGCUUCAAGGCUGGCAGCGCCCACGUCGGUGUCAAGCCCUCCAACACACGCUUCGAUGACCUCGCUCUCAUUGCAUCCGAUACACCAUGCGCGGCCGCAGCCGUCUUCACGACGAACAAAUUUCAGGCAGCCCCUGUGACAGUGAGCAGGGACAUGCUGAGCAAGAGGAAGGGUGAUGGUAUUAGGGCUGUUGUGGUCAACUCCGGAUGUGCAAAUGCUGUGACGGGCAAAGGUGGCAUACAAGAUGCACUGAGGAUGGGCCACGAGACAGACAAGCAGUUCAUUGAGGACAGCAAUGGAGAGGAUGACGGACAGGGCAGCCGAAGCAUCAUCAUGAGCACUGGAGUCAUUGGCCAGCGGUUGCCUAUUGACAAAAUCGUCGCUAAGCUACCGGAUGCGUACUACAGGCUGGGCGACACACACGAACACUGGUUAGGCGCCGCCAAAGCCAUAUGCACCACAGAUACCUUUCCCAAGCUGGUCUCCAAGACUUUCACUCUUCCGAGCAGUCAAGAAGAAUACCACCUUGCGGGCAUGACCAAGGGCGCCGGCAUGAUCCACCCCAACAUGGCCACGCUGCUUGGCAUCAUCUGCACCGAUGCGCCUGUCGCAGCACCGCUACUUCAAGGUGCCCUGAAAGAAGCCAUCACCAAGUCGUUCAACAGCAUCUCCAUCGAUGGCGACACUUCUACUAACGAUACUGUUGCUAUCCUCGCAAAUGGUGCGGCUGGAGGACAGGAGAUCACCUCAUCUUCAUCGAAAGACUUUGAAGCUUUCAGCGCGACACUUACAGACUUUGCGAUCGACCUCGCAAAGCUAGUAGUCCGCGACGGCGAAGGCGCGACCAAGUUCGUCACAAUUCGUGUGACAAACGCGAAGACCUACGAAGAAGCGAAGCAAGUGGGCAAUUCCAUUGCACGCUCCCCGCUCGUGAAGACGGCGUUGUACGGCAAGGACGCCAACUGGGGCCGCAUCUUGUGCGCUACAGGCUACGCGGGUGUAGAUUCUAUCAUUCCCGAGCAGACCAGCGUGAGCUUCAUUCCUACCGAUGGUAGUGAAGAGUUGAAGCUGUUGGUAAAGGGCGAGCCAGAGCAGGUUGACGAGGAGCGUGCGGCGAAGAUACUGGAGGCUGAGGAUCUGGAGAUCUUGGUUAGGCUGAGCGAGAAGUACGAUGCUGAGGCUACGGUUUGGACUUGUGACUUUUCGCAUGAGUAUGUCACGAUAAAUGGCGACUACAGGACUUGA